AUGGGAAACAGCAGCACGGCUCCAGUCGGUGGAACCAACAUCAGCUCCAAUGGAUCUCUGGGCUUCUCGCCUGGUUUCUUCUGGCCUUUCGGUUUCUCUCUGUCGGGUUUCACCGAAGCUCUGAGUCACUGUCACGUCAGUGCCGGAGCUGUUGGCUGGUUUGGAUUCAAGAUCUUCAUCCUGCUGACGGCAUUUCCGGCCAACAGCUGCCUGAUGUGGCUGCUACUGAGGAGGAGGGCGGCCAUGACGGCGUCGGAGCUGCUGGGCGUCAACGUGGCGGCGAUGGACAUCCUGUACUGCGUCGUCCUGCCGCUGGACAUCUACACGUCGCUGCAUCGCAGCUCCGAGACCCAACACGCCGUCCGAGAGGCGCUGUUCGCCCUAAAUAUCUUCGGCUGCCCGCUGCUGCUCACCUGCAUGUGUGUGGAGCGCUACCUGGCGGUGGCGUGGCCCGUCACCUACCUGAGGCUGGGGGGGCGGAGCUACCGGCUGGUUCUGUGCGGCUGCAUCUGGACUCUGACUCUGGCCGUGGUUCUGCUGGGGUUCUUCGCCCGGAUGUUCACCAUGACGCUGUGUCUGUGCGCCGUCAUCUCGCUGCUGUUCCUGCUGAUGCUGCUCAGCCUGCUGGGGAUGGUCCGGGUUCUGCGCCGCAGCGGGCCGGGCGACGGUGGCGGUACCACACUGAAGAGGCGGGCUCUGAGGAACAUCAUGGCCGUCACAGUGCCGUCGGUGGCGGCCUACUGCCCAGUGGUGGUUCUGGUGCCCUACAUGCUGGUCGUGUCCAGACAGACGCAGCAGCUCAGCGCCGCUCAUUGUUCCGUCAUCAACUUCCUGCUGCUGUUCCCGAACCUCGGCCUGUUCAUCGGACCCAUGUUCUACCUGGCACGGAUCAGACAGGUGAGCUGCUGCAGCCGAGAGAGUCCAGCCUCCAGAACACAGGCCGAGUAG